AUGAAAAUUAAUAGCAACGACGAUUGUUAUGCGUACAUGCGUCUGACACAUUUGAUAUCUGUGUGCUGGGGGUUUCCAAUCACUCGUAGGAAAACUAAAAGUGGCUACAAACAUGACGGUGACACGGACGUGCAAGGCCACCGGUAUUCGUUCGACUUGCGCGUCACACCCAUCUGGUUGGCAUACGCGACCCUGGACGCUUACGUGCUGUACUACAACUACCUGACGGCGUCCGGUUACGUGGGCGAGUCGUUCAAAAAGUGUUUCGAGGAGUCGUACUGCUUCGCGGUCAUCGAGCUGGCGAACCGGAACCUGGGCCCGUUCACGGCGCUGGCCUGCACCAUGUUCUACGGGCGCCGGCACAAGGCGGCCGCGCUGGCCGGCACCGAGCGCGUGCUGGCGUUCAUCCGGGACACGGACCUGGACGCGACCCCGCUACUGUCGCCGGCCGCCAAGUACUACUCGGCCGCGGUGAUCGUCGUGUACUGGGCGUGCAUGUGGCUGUACACGGUCGUCCAGCCAGCCGCGGUGAUGGCCAUGUUCUGCGCCAACGCCUUGUGCCAGACCGCCCUGUACAACCUGGCCAUGUUCCAGUACUAUGUGCUGGCCCGCGGUUACGCCCGCGUCAACUGGCUGCUGGAGGCGGUGGCCCAGCGGCCACGUGCUACGGGCCCGAUAUCCGCGGGUCGCGUGGCACGGUUGGCCGACACCUGCGACGAACUCGGUCGGCUGGUCGACCACGUGAACCAGGCCUACGCACUGGGCCUGCUGUUCCGGUGUCCGUACACCAUCGUCCGGAUCGUCAUGCUAGUGUUCCGCAUCAUCGAGUACGCGGCGAUUGCAAGCCCCGGCAAAGGCCACCCGAUGUCCCGUAUAGCCAUUGCGCUCAUCGUCGAACACGUGGGCGAGAUACUUAUGUUCCUGCAGCAGCUCACCAUAUUCUGCGUGACGGGAACCCGCCUGUCCGACGAGGUACGUUACCAGUGCUGGGGUUAG